CGUAUUCUUGAACAAUUUCAUAUCAUCAAUCACCACACAUUGAUACCCUUCUUCUUCCAACUUGCAAAAUACUUUGAGAAAUCAUUUUUGAGCUCUGAAAAAUGUCGCCUCGUUUCUCUUUUAAAAUGUUAAUCCUUCCCAUAGUCAUGGCAAGUCUAUGGGCAGCCGCCUCAGCUGGUAAUUUUUAUAAUCUUGCAGACAUCACUUGGGGCGAAGGACGUGGUAAAAUAACAGAAGGAGGCAGAGGCCUUUCUCUGUCCCUUGACAAACUUUCAGGUUCGGGUUUUCAAUCCAAGAAUGAGUAUUUAUUCGGAAGAUUUGACAUGCAACUCAAACUUGUCCCUGGAAAUUCUGCUGGCACUGUCACCACCUUCUUCUUAUCUUCACAAGGAGCAGGACACGAUGAGAUCGAUUUCGAGUUCUUAGGCAAUGUUUCUGGCCAACCUUACACAGUUCAUACCAAUGUUUAUUCACAAGGCAAAGGCAACAAAGAACAACAAUUCCAUUUGUGGUUCGACCCAACUGCUGCAUUUCACACUUACUCCAUUAUCUGGAACGCUCAGAAAAUUAUUUUCUUGGUAGAUAAUAGUCCAAUCAGAGUAUACAACAACCAUGAAAGCGCUGGCAUUCCAUUCCCAAAAAGCCAACCAAUGAAAGUGUACUGCAGCUUAUGGAAUGCAGAUGAGUGGGCAACACAAGGAGGUAGAGUCAAGACAGAUUGGACACAUGCUCCUUUCACUGCUUACUACAGAAACUUCAAUAUUGAUGGCUGCGCAGUCACAUCCGGAGCCUCUUCAUGUAAGUCCACUGAUUCAGCAAACAAUGCUAGACCAUGGCAAAAUCAAGAACUUGAUGCUAAGGGCAGGAAUAGGCUACGAUGGGUGCAGAGCAGACAUAUGGUUUACAACUAUUGUGCUGAUUCUAAGAGGUUUCCUCAAGGCUUUUCUCAUGAGUGCAAGCGUUCGAGGUUCCUGUAAAUAAGUUGCUGGAACAAGGAAAUUGUGGCACUGCCUCGGCUAUUUAUUAAGAUUGAUUCUUCUCGUAUUUGUGAAUAAUGAAUAUAUGUACGUACUGAAUUCUUUAUUUAUAUGAUCAAAAUUCUUUAUUUUUUAUGUAUCUACUGCUGUAUUUGUUUUGGAGCAUACACAUAAUAGCUCGCGCCUUCAUAAUAA